AUGGAACAUCAAGCCAUGGAACUUCUGACCACAAGAGUCGAGGACGAGAAGCAAAACGUCACCUACAAGUGGUUGAGUAGGAGCUUGGGUAUCUCUGUCAACACUUCCAAGGAGUUGAUGCAGGUGUACGUGACGACUGUUGGAAAGGGCAAGGCACACGGAACAUACUACCUCGCGCGACAGGAUCCAGAGACAGGAAACCAGUACCUUUCUCUUGUCAGCCAGGAAGACCUCAAUGCGGCAAAGAAGGACGCCUCGGUGAUCGGAUACCACAUUUACAGUCUGGAGCCUUCACCCCUCAAGGACCUCGCCAUUCUCUCAGCAACCAACUCCGAGGCAACUCAACUUCAAAAGGGCAAGGACAUUAACACCUACAGAGUCAUCCGUAACCACAACGUCGUCAUCUCGGCUCCAAACUCUCGCCCCGCACCCGCCACUACCUCAUCUUCAUCUUCGUCAUUUGCUGCAAAGCCAAAAUUGGGGGCAGCAGCAGCAAAUCAGAACGCACCGGGACUUUUAGGAUCUAAACCUGGAUUGAAGUCUGCCACCAGUGCUCCUGCUGCUUCAAAUUCUGUUUCUACACCCGCCGCCAACGAUACCUCAAAAACCACUACUAGUGCCAAACCAGCAGCAAAGGGCUCGAUGAUGAGCUUUUUCGGAAAGACGUCAACAGCAGGAGGUGUAACAACCAAGGCAGCACCAGCACCAACACCAGUCAAAGCCAAGGCGUCGUCAACACUGAACUUUAAACCUGCCGCUCAACAAAAGCGCAAAGCAGAUUUGAUGACUGACAGCUCUGCAGCAAAUGACAUGGCCUCACCGCGCACUUCCAGGAGCAACGAGGAAUCUGAGGAGGAUGAGGUUGACUCUGAGGAGGAGAGAGAUCGUCGUCUGGCACUUAGCUCACGGUUGGAUCAGGAUCAGGGCGAUGUUGUUGAAAAUUCCAGCAGCAGGAACAAACCGUCCAGCGGGAAGCUUUCCCCGGUGGAUGUGGAAUCGAUCAAAAAGAAGCAGCGCUCGGCACGUCUUUUGGUCGUUGACGAUGAUGACGAUCUGGACGCUGAGACGGCACGUGCAGUCGCUGAACGUAAUGACGAUGAUGAGGAAGAGUCGGUUGCGGCCAUGUCCAAGGAGGCUCGUGCUGCUUUGAACAAGGAGAAGGAGGCUCAGCGAUUGGCUUUGGAGAAUAUGAUGUUGAUGGAUGACACUACUACAACGUCGGCAGGAGCAGACAUGGAGGAUGAGGAUAGCGCUAUGAUUGAUGUUGAAGUUUUGGAUCAACCUGCGACCGCCCCAUCGCCUGAUACCACUGUUACUGAAACCGUCGAUGCCUCAGGCACUAUUACGAAACGUCGACGCGGUAUUCGCGCUGUCACCAAGCGCAAGACUUCCAGGAACGAGCGCGGUUAUAUGGUGACGGAGGAUAUUGUGAUUAUGGAGCCAUUCUCGGAGGACGAGAUCAUCGAACCCCCUGCACCAGCACCUGCUCGUGUCGAGAAGCCAGCCGCAGAUGCUGCCUCCAAGGGCAAGUCAGAGGCUGCCGGACCCAAGAAGAAGGCUGGCGGCAAUCAGAGCUUACUCAACUUUUUCUCUAAAAAGCAAUAA